GGAAUGGAAGAAAUCAAGAUCCCUUCGCCGUCCGCUAUUUUAGACAUUCCGCCCGCCGUCUCGUCGGCCGGUGCACAUCCCAAAGCCUCGCCUCCGUCCGCUAAAAGAACAGCCACCUUCGGUCCCAACACGAGUCCGGUUACUAACAAGCCCAAACAGUCCAAGAGCCGUAAUGGCUGCAUCACCUGCAAGACAAAGCGACUCAAAUGUGACGAGUCCAAGCCAACUUGCCUGCAGUGCAAAAAGCGGAACGUGGACUGUGGUGGAUACAAAAAGGACUUCAAAUGGCGCCCCUUCGAAGAGACCAACGUCGCCCAGAAAACGGCGGUUGCGAAGUCCAAAAAAGUGUCAUCGUCGCCUCCCUCUCACCGGAGAACCAACUCCGGUCCUGCAGCGCCGCCCGCAGUAGCGCGUUCAACAGCACGGGCGGUAGGCCAGACAACGUCGCCAACCGGCUUGCCAGUGGAACCUAAGAAGCUGUCGAGCCCUGAUAAAAUUUCUUCUAUUCUGAAUGCUUCACCUGGCCAGUCCAGUGGGUCAUUCCCGCAGAGUGACAUUACCCAGUUCGCAGAUGACUUUCUCAGUCAGCACCGGUUAGGUAGCCUGGGGGAGGAUAUCACUGCACCCUCACUAGCAGAGAUCACUCCUUCAGACCAUUCCUCCUGGCUCUCGGACAUAUCGUUUCCAGCCCUAGACCAAGAGACUAGCCCUGACCGAACUACGGUCGCAACGUCUGAGGGGGAUAAUCUUCAAGACCCCGAUAAUUUCAGUUUCGAGGCUCUCCUGGAAAGAGAUAAUGAUGAUAUCGAAGAGAUUGUACGACAGUCUGAUCGGGGCAUGGGACCACCUAUCCCGGGACUUGGGGGGCCGGGUUUCAUGUCGCACCUUCAUAAUAUGAACUCUCCGCCGGAAAUGCUCCAAGAGCCCCGGUUUGGAAUCGCUGCCCCUGAAAUGCUGGUGUUGCAGUUCGACAGAGUGACCUGCGGGAUAUUGUCGAUAAAAGAUGGUGCUCAUGAGAACCCUUGGCGAACCUUGAUCUGGCCGUUGGCCAAGGAUACCCCUGCCCUCUACCACGCUGUCUUUGCUUUGGCCGCGUUUCAUUCCAGCAAACAAGUCCCUGCGCUGAGGGUUCUCGGUGUGGAUCACAUGCGCCAGAGCAUCACCUGCAUGGUGCAAGACAUACAGAACAUGAGAACAGAUGCCGCGUUGGCAACGAGUCUGGCACUUGCCUUCGCCGACACGUGGGAUCAACACACUCGCACGUGUAUCCAGCAUCUCCGCGGUGCGAAGGCGCUGGUGUCGCAGGUCAUCGGGACGGGAUUGCAAAGUGGGAUGAGCGGGACCGAUCUAGAAAGGGUUCGGUUUCUCUAUAACACUUGGCUGUAUAUGGACGUGAUUGCGCGAUUGACGUCCCAUGAGGAUAGCGGAAACGCAGACCUGGAACUAACGGUCCCUCAACCCCCUAGCGAUGCAGUACAUGAAAUUGAUCCUUUGAUGGGCUGUGCCACCACUCUUUUCCCACUCAUAGAUCGGGUUGUUCGGUUGAUUCAACGGGUUCGAAAGACGGAGUCCAACUCUAUCUCGCUUGUCUCUGAGGCUAUCGAAUUGAAGAGGCUUGUCGAGCAGUGGGAGCCCCCUGACUGGUUUGAACCACCUGAGGAUCCAACAUCAGAGGUGCAGCAUAGUAUCCAGACUGCCCAUGCUUACCGCUGGGCAACCCUUCUUUACCUGCAUCAAGCUGUCCCUGAAAUGCCCUCGGAGCCGGCACCUGAAUUGGCAAAGCGGGUGUUGAUUCUGUUAGCCACGGUGCCUCCCAGCUCUCGGACAACAAUCAUCCAGAUGUUUCCCCUGCUGGCGGCUGGGUGCGAGGCAGAGCAAGAAGAGGACCGGGAAUGGGUAAUGAAUCGGUGGACCGCAAUCCAGACCCGCCUGAUGCUGGGGUCGAUUGACCGGUGUAUAGAAGUUGUCCGUGAAGUCUGGACUCGUCGGGAUGCGUUCGAGACGGAGAAGCAGCGACGACAAGCGCGUGCCGCCGGCCGCUCCAACUCCCAAGCCCUACCUCGCGACGCCGUUGGGAAAGACGGGCUACGGCCCGCCGCGGACGAGCGCGCGGUCUCUUCUCGGAUCACUUCCGUAAACACACGUCGAGCUUCGGCAGCAUCGCCUCUUGAGAACAUAGAAUUUGAAAAAACAGUCCGGGGUAGCUUACACUGGGUGAACGUGAUGCAGGACUGGGGCUGGGAAGGUAAGCCUCUUCUUUAUCUUUCACCUUUUCUUUUUCUUUCCUUUUUUUCUCUCUCUCCUUUUCUUCUUUUCUGUUUGCGUUGCACAAAUUUAGCAAGAACUGACAAUUCAUUGUGGUAUCAAUAG